UUCAUUAUAUCUGCCGCUCGUGAGUCUUGACUUAAAAAGCGUUCGGUGGUUAGAAAGCGUGAGUAGAUAUAAAACAAUAGGCUUAAGAUAUCUUCACAAUGAGUAAGGCUCACCCACCAGAACUUAAAAGGUACAUGGACAAAAAAUUAUCGUUGAGGCUUAAUGGAGCCAGAACCGUAACUGGUAUUCUACGAGGGUUUGAUCCUUUCAUGAACCUCGUUAUUGAUGAAGCUGUUGAAGAAACUAAAGGUGGAGAAAAGCAUAACAUAGGAAUGAUCAACGUAGCACAAAAAUUAGAAGCCUUUAUGCUGACAGUAGAGAUUAUUUUAUCCACUAAAGUUCAGUGGGGAGAAAAACUUAAAACAUAUAGUAGUGUGACAAAUAUUUAUUUAAAAUCCAAUAAAUCAUUUUUAUGUGCUUAUAAAAGUUUUGACUUAUAGAUAAACUUUCUCUCU